AUGUCGGACACUCAAUCCCGUAAGCGAUCAAGAUCUCCAGACGAUGCAGGAUCCGGUAGCGAGUCCGACGACGACUUCGGACCGGCGUUGCCUUCCUCGGUGCCGCCCAGAAAGAAACGGAAACUGCCUUAUGAGUCGUUAUAUGUCGAUGCCUUGCCAAAGGGGCUGAGGUACUCCAAGUCGCUAAUGCACAAAGACCAGCUGGUCUCGGUGACUGUGGCUCCUUCACCUGUCGACUUCGUCAUCACCACGUCUGUCGAUGGCGUGGUCAAGUUCUGGAAGAAGAUCGCGACAGGCAUCGAGUUUGCCAAGGAGUACCGCGCGCACGAGGGGCGCAUACUGAGCACUUCCGUCAGCUUUGAUGGCGCUUUCUUCGCCACAUCAGGCGACGAAGACGACAACACAAUCAAGAUCUUUGAUGUCGUCACCUUUGAUUUGCUCUCAAUCCUGAACCUCGAGAGCGCAGCAUCAUGUGUCUGUUGGGUCCAUCGCAGAGGAGUUUCGCCGAUCCUAGCGGUAGCCAUAGGCAAGGAAAUUCGAAUUUACGAUGCUUCAGGCGACAUGCAGGCGCCAAUGCACACUCUGUCUUCCAUCCACCGUACGCCUGUGGUGGCAAUGGCGUACAAUCCGGCCUUCGACUGUGUGAUUUCUGCUGACGCGGGCGGGAUGAUCGAGUACUGGCAGCCUAAUGACACCUACGAGAAACCAGACAGUGUCUUCAAGAUGAAAGCCACGACGAACCUGUUCGACUUCAAAAAGGCAAAAUCAGCGCCAUGCUCCAUAGCGAUAUCUCCGUCAGGUCACCAAUUUGCCGCGAUCUCGUUCCCGGACAGAAAAGUGAGGGUGUUUGACUUUGCGUCUGGCAAGCUCUAUCGCUCAUAUGACGAGUCCUUGGAGACCAUCACGGCUAUGCAACAAGCAGGUACAUCACUCCAGAAGCUGGACGAGGUGGAGUUCGGGCGGCGAAUGGCCGUCGAACGCGAGCUUGACAAUCCCGCUCUUAAGUCCCGAAUCAACAUCGUGUUCGACGAAUCUGGACACUUCAUCGCCUACGGCUCGCUGCUUGGAAUCAAGGUCAUCAACACCCUCACCAACCGGGUGAUGAAGGCUUAUGGCAAAGAUGAGCCAUUUCGGGCGCUCAACGUGGCUUUAUAUCAAGGCGCACCUCAAAAAAAGGAUGUCGUUACCGUUUCAAUGGCUGCUAGCGCAAAUCCGCUCCUCAACGAUGCCGAAGCGAGAGAUCCCAUGCUUUUCACAACAGCCUACGCAAAGGUCCGGUUCUACAUGUUUACCAACGAAGAGGACACCAGCAAGUCGACCCGAGACGUACAGAACGAGAAGCCAAGGAUGAUUACCGGCAAAAAGAAGGAGGAGAAGAGAGUUGAGUCCGGCACUUCCGCCGUCUUGCACACAACCUACGGAGACAUCCAUAUCAGGCUAUUCCCUGACAAAGCGCCAAAAGCGGUCGAAAACUUCGUUACCCACUCGAGAAACGGCUACUAUAACAAUACAAUUUUCCACCGAGUCAUCAGGAAGUUCAUGAUUCAGUGUGGCGAUCCCCUGGGCGACGGCACUGGUGGUGAAAGUAUUUGGGGCAAAGAAUUUGAGGAUGAAUUCUCCGACCUCAAGCAUGACAGGCCUUACACAGUCAGCAUGGCAAACGCAGGUCCGAACACAAACGGCUCGCAGUUUUUCAUUACCACCGAGAAGGCGUCUUGGUUGGACAACAAACAUACGAUUUUCGGACGCGCCUACCAAGGGUUGGAUGUGAUACAUCAGAUCGAAAACGCCAGGGUGCGGAAGGAGAAGCCGGAGGAGGAUAUCAAGAUAGUCAAUAUCUCCAUCAGUUGA